GCAUCCGCGAGCGACGUCGUCGUUUGUUUUGUUUGGGGUUGUGUUUGUGAAAUUCAUUGAUUGCCGCUUUAUAAAAUUAAUCUUUUACUACGAAGUUUUGUUGGUACUUUAUAACUUGUUUCCCGGUAAAUUUAUAAAUUUCAAUUUACAAUCCCGCUGUCCAGAACUCGGAACAGUUCCAAGUUUCAGGUGCUGUCUUAUGAACUUUGGGUUCGACACACAAAACGACGACGAUGGGCGAUUACAUACAUUCGAACAUAGCUCAGGACAACGUAGCGAUGGUGCGCCUCGAACUGUCACAGAACGAUCAGAUACCUCUGCGGCGACCAUUCGACCCGCUGAUACAUGACCUGGACCCACACUUCAAGCUUACCCGGUUUGCUGACCUCAAAGGACGGGGCUGUAAAGUACCACAAGACGUUCUCAACAAACUACUGGAAGGUUUCCAGCAGGAUGAAAACGGCCAUGGCGAACAGUCCCAUUUCAUGCACAUGUCAAUGACCAAAAUAGGAAUUGGAAUGGAUGCAGCUGUUGUGCCUCUCAGACAUGGUGGUUUAUCCCUAGUUCAGACAACUGAUUAUUUCUAUCCACUUGUUGAUGACCCAUUUGUUAUGGGUAAAAUUGCUUGUUCAAAUGUUCUGAGUGAUUUGUACGCCAUGGGUGUGACUGAAUGUGACAAUAUGUUGAUGUUAUUAUCAGUAUCAACCAAAAUGACUGAAAAAGAACGAGAUGUUGUGAUACCACUAAUAAUGAGGGGGUUUAAAGAAACUGCUUUUGAAGCUGGUACUACCGUUACAGGUGGACAGACUGUUGUAAAUCCAUGGUGUACUAUUGGAGGUGUUGCUACUACCGUAUGUCAACCUAAUGAAUUUAUCAUACCAGACAAUGCUGUUGUAGGUGAUGUUCUUGUGUUGACUAAACCCCUUGGAACUCAAGUAGCUGUAAAUUCUCAUCAAUGGGUUGACCAACCAGACAAAUGGAACCGAAUAAAAUUAAUUGUAUCUGAAGAAGAUGUAAGAAAAGCAUAUCAGCGGGCUAUGGACUCAAUGGCUCGCUUAAAUAAAACAGCUGCUAAAUUGAUGCAUAAAUAUAAUGCUCAUGGAGCAACAGACGUUACUGGCUUUGGACUUUUAGGUCAUGCCCAAACACUAGCAAAACAUCAAAAGAAUGAAGUGUCAUUUGUUAUUCAUAAUCUUCCUGUAAUAGCUAAAAUGGCAUCAGUAGCUAAGGCAUGUGGCAAUAUGUUCCAAUUGUUACAAGGUAAUUCAGCUGAAACUUCAGGUGGACUCUUAAUUUGUUUACCUAGAGAACAAGCUGCAGCAUAUUGUAAAGAUAUCGAAAAAGUAGAAGGAUAUCAAGCCUGGAUUAUAGGUAUUGUUGAAAAAGGUACUCGUACCGCUCGAAUAAUUGAUAAACCCAGAGUAAUAGAAGUUCCAGCUAAAGAAAAAGAAGGAGAACUAUGGUAGGACUGUAAUUAAUGUAGUGCCAUUAACUGGGAAAAUUUAAGGAUUAUGGAUUUUUAUUUAUUUAGUAUCUAGCUUUCAAUUACUUCGAUAAUUCUUGUUCAAAAUAUUUUUAUUUAUUUUGUAUAGUUUUUAUUCAAUUUUAUCAUUACUAUACUUGAAAACAAGCUAGCUAACUAACUUUAUGAAAUAAAAAUUUUAAAUUAAAUUAAGUCAUUACAAAGUCACUCAAAUUUAUAAUUCCUUAAAGACUAAAGUUUGAUUCAUGUAAUAAAAAUAGAAAUGAUUACUUAUAAAUAUAAAAUAUGGGACUGUUUGCAUAUAGUGUUUUAUAGCUUAGACAUAAUAAAUAGAAAAAAAUCUUGUAUUAAACAUAAUAUGAGGGUAAGAUAUUGGAAUUUGUAAAUGUUGCUGUUUAUUGCUGCAUAUUUAUUAUAUGGUUUUGAAUUUAACUACAUUUAAA